AUGGAUAUCUACAGUCCAAAAGUUGAUUCUCUUUCUUUUCAUUCAAACACGAGGAUGGACAUAACAACUCUAUUCGAAAAAUAUAAAAAGACUCACAAUAAAUUAAGUCCUUUGUCUUUGAAUCAGUUUUACCCAAUGGCGAUAAAUGAGAAUUGCGAAUUGCUUCAAAUUUAACCAGAUAGUGAAGUCCAAAGUUUUAUUUCCUUUCGAGAACUGAAUUAAGGGGCAGUUUCAGAAUUAAAAAGAUCAUUCUAACAAUCGAAAAUGGUUUGGAAUAAUUAUAGUAAAUAUCUCUUUGGAGAGCCAUCUUUGGAUGAGUAGGAAUUAGAAACCGUCGAUCAAGAAAAAUUCAGUACAUCUAGAAAAUUGUAACUAAUUCACAAUAGAGAGACAUUUCACAAAAUGAGAAAGCAAUACAAAUAAUAAGAGGAGAAUCAAUUGAACCAAGUCAAAUAAGCUUUAAAAAAAAUUCAUUCAUAAACUAAUGGAAUCAAAGUCUACCCUUCUUUAGCUUAUUAGGAUUAAUAAAAGUUAGAGUUGCUAAGAAAAUAGGUAAGAUUAGGAGGUGUUUAGUAACUGUAAGAAAGAAACACUGAUGCUUAGCAAUUAUAAAAAAGAAUACUUGAAUCCUAGGUUGCAUUGAGUUAAAUUAAAAAACAAUUUGCUUAUGCUUAUAAUCAUGAUUAUAACUUCUGGGGUCCUUGUUCAAGAGAUGGAAGCACGAUGGUCACUUUCGAUAGAAAACUUUAUUUGUAUGGAGGGUCUAGUGCUGUCUAAUAAGAAGAUUUGUGUGUGGCUAUUAUUGAUAAAUGUAUUAUGGAAUAAUGAUUACAUAGAGUUUUACAAGUGGAGUCCUCAAAAAUUAGAUGAAAAAUCAAUCCACGGGUAUAGAGUUCAUCACACUGCUGGAAUCUACAAGAAUUUUAUGAUUCUUUUUGGCGGAGAAAUUCACAUAGAACAAUCAAAUAACAAAAUAGUUAGCGAAUGCACAAGUGAUGUCAAGACUAUCUCCUUAAGUAUUAAUAAUGUCAAAUAAUAAAGCCUCUUUUGAUAUUAAAUUAAUCAAAUAACCAGGAACAGUAUCUCCCAGAAAAUGUCACAUCAGCGAAAUUAUUGGGAGAUGCCUACUUGUCUUUGGAGGAAUCGAUAAUAGAGGCAAUUAUAUGAAAGAUCUACUUUGUUAUGACAUCCAGACAUCUAAGUGGAUCCCUCUGAAUGUAGACCCUCAUGACUUAUAUGCGAAUGGAAUUGCUUUUCAUAAGUCUAGCUUAGUUACUCAAAACAAAUUUUGUGACAUUUAUCGUCAAGAUCCUGAUCUGAAGUUUUCCAAUCAAGGAGUUUAUGUAUUCGGAGGUCAAGACAAAUUUGGAAAUUAUUUAGAUACCUUUAUUCGUAUUGAUGUAUAUUAAAAACCUAUUCGAAUUGAGUUGGUGGAUUACAAAGGAAGCAGUCCUAGUAAGCAUUUUUUAUUAAUGUUAAGUGGCUAGAUGUCAACAUUCUAUGAAUUACAAUGAGGCUUUGGGUGCCAUUGUUGUUUAUGGUGGAAAGAAUGACGACAAUACUGUUGAGGGAUUCCUAAAUGAUUUAUAUUUGUUUGAUGUACGGAACUACUCUUGGAUUCAACUUGAACUAAAAGGAGCCUAAAUGCCUGGAAGAUGUGGACACUCCUCUUCUUGUCUGGAUACUAAAAUUUUUAUUUUCGGCGGGUACAAUUAUAAUGGCUUUGUCAAAAGUGAUGUCUUUGUUAUUGAAUUGGACUCUAAUGUUUCGCAUCAAUUAAUUUAAUCUGAUAAGAUCAAUGAAGAUAAACCCAGAAAUUCAAAAAUUGCAGUCUCUUUUCGUCAGUUACCUGAAAAAAGUAAUACUAUUGAAAAAACUAACGAAAGAAAAAAAGAAAUUGAAAAAUUAAGCUUUAAAAAUUCCCAUUCCUUCUUACCUAUGCCCAGAAGAGUCACAAUGCUUAUUAACGCAAUGAGAUUUGGAUAAGAGCCGAAAAAAAAUAAUGAUGUCUCUGGACUCAAUUCAAACAAAAAUUCUCCAAAAGAUGGUACCAGACGACCUCAUCGUAAUUUGACUGUUCUUGUUGAAGGCAAACAAGAAAGAUGA